AUGGGGAAAAUCCCCACCCCCGCCGCCGCCGGCCUCCUCUCCUCCUCUCCCCUCCGCCCAUCGUCCACAACAUCAAGCUUCUCAGCCCACAGCAGCUGCCUCCGCACGCAAACCCGACACGCGACCUUCAUCCCCCGACCAAGAAGGCCCUACACCUUCACGCAGCUCAUCCAGCUCUCCGACGGAUCCACCUACACCGCCCGGACAACCUCCCCGCUGCCGCUGUACCGCGCCGCCAAGGACACGCGCAACACGCUCCUGUGGCAGCCCAGCGAGAAGAGCUUGCGAAACGUCGAGCUCGACGAGGCCGGUAAGCUGGCUGCCUUCAGAGAGAGAUUCGGAAGGGCGUACGAUGCUGCCGCGCAGGCUGAGCAGGCGGCGGCCAAAGCUGCCGAGGAGGAUGCUGGAUUGAACUUUGAGGAUCUGCUGGCGGAAUACUCGCCGCAGGAUACGAGCGCAUUGAAAGAUUCAGGUCCGAAGAAGGCCCCCACGCGAAGAAAGUAAUGAAUGUGUUAUGAUAUGAGGGGAAAGAAAGGAGAAAAGAUGUAUUAUAUAUUUUGUACGAAUGGCAGAUGGAAAAGGCUAGGCGCAGACAACUUCACAAAAAUGGAGAGAUAUGGAAAGGCAAUAGACGGAGGAGAGAAACCGCAUUGGAUUAGAGAAUCGACUCUGUUCAAAUAUGUACAGCACUUUGAGCCUGGCGGCCU